AUGAUUAAAAUAAAAGAUACUAAUACUUUCAUGGGUUUACCUGCAGAUGAUUGUGAGUUAGUCACCUUGAAUCUGGACAUAAAAGCCGAGUCAAGAAAGUUUGAAUAUAUUAGUAGGAAUAACUACAGAGAGUAUAACUCAAACUAUGGAUAUCUAUUUACUAAAGUAUUAGAGAGUAAUACGGUAGUUUGGAAGGCCAGAUGUACUACUGAAUUCGCAACAACAGUUUUGGUGUGUGAAGGUGAUGAUAAAUGCAUCUUGGUCAUACCAUACGAUAAUAACAUGAUACUAUUCAGCCAACUAAAAGACAACACUUGGAAUCGUAUUAAUACUGAAAUAAACAUGAACAAGCUAAGGAUGAUCGAACGACUUAAUUAUAUGUGUCGAUGGAAAUCAUACGGCAAAUAUGGAGAAUUGAGCGAUUUUCCAAGACUUAGAGAUUUGUAUAGAUUUUCUGAAUAUAAUUACGAUUUGGAUAAACAUAAUUUUAAAAUUGUUUUUAAUAAUCUUUGUGACCGUGUGAUUUACGGGAACAAUUUGGUUUGGAUCUAUAAAGAUGAUCCGUUUCAACCAUAUCCAGACUAUUUAAAUUUUAAUCUUGUGGAUAAAACUGUGAAUGCAGUGUUAAAAAAUGGAACAGUUGAAGUACUGUACCUUAAUCUAUUAAGCCACAAACGACCUAGAUAUAAUCAAUCCGUUGAUUCAGUUCAUCCGAUCUCAAAUACUGAAGAAAAAAGAGUAAAGAAAAGGCGAACUUCACAGAAAUUGAAAAAGUCAACUAUCAAACAACCUGGAUCCAAUCAAUCCGUUGAUUCAGUUCAUCCGAUCUCAAAUACUGAAGAAAAAAGAGUAAAGAAGGAGCCAAUUUCAGUUGAUUUAAUAUUUUUAGAUGCAGAUAUGAUAAUGUCAACAAACGAGUAUAAAACAUUUUGUGGUCCCGAUUUUUACUAUUUCAAGGCUAACAGUGGAAUUUUGUUUGGGAAAAUAAUAGAUGAUGGUAAAGUGAUUUUUGAUACUGAGGAUCCCACAAAGUAUGUUGCAGAAUACAAAUCUCGUCUAAAAAUUGAUAGAAAAAUUAACAAAAAAAUAGAAUUUUUCAAGUUUCUUAAACCUAAUAUUGAUAAAUUCAAGUUCUACACCAGUAAAGAUAUAUUACUCAAACAUGAGGAUUACCGUGUGGAACACGCCAAAGAUUAUUAUAAGAUUAACUUUCAUAAAGAUUUGAACAAAAUUACAUACAAUGACAAAAUAUAUUGGGAAUAUGAUUAUUACAAACACGAGUAUCUGCCUACCAGUGUUUACUUUACAAAUUCUGAUAAUAAUAUGACAUUAGUGUUUUCCAAUGGAGUUGAGAGGGAUAUUAAAAUUAGUUGCAACUUAUUGAAAAUGUACAAACUUCAAAAUAGUAACUCUGAAAAUAGUAAGAUGGAGAUGGAAGAAGGAGAUUGCGAGGUCAUUAAACCAGAAUAUAACAAAAGAUUAUACACGCUAAGAGAUGAUAUUAAAUGUACUAAAGUUUCAUAUGACGAAAUGGUUGUUUGGGAACAUAAGCCUGGCAAAGAAUAUCCUAAAUCCAUAAGCUGUGAAUAUAAUUUGGCCAGAAUAGACAUUAGAUUCAAUUCAUAUAUAGGUUCAUUUGCGAUAUUAGAGGGCUGUAACUCGUUUACUCAGUUUCUUUGUUUCCCUACUGAUUUGAAACUUUAUCAAGAGAAUGAAAAUGGCAAUAGUAUGGAAUUGAAUCAAAAUGACUAUAGAAUUAACGUCUUAAGUCCUUCAUCAAUUGAGUACAUUAUUAAACCUAUUAAGUGUAACGAGAUCAGGUUUGGCGAUUCUACUCUUUGGAAACGCGAAAACGGACAACCAUUCCCCAGAAAAAUAAUUAGAAAUUUUGAAGUUCCCAGUAUUCUCGUGUAUGAUGAAUGUAAUUCACAUGACAAUCUUCCAAAACUAAUUGAAAUUAAAAUAAAAAAAGAAUUUUGCAAACUUGAGCAAGAUACUUAA